AUGGAUCCAUCUACAGUCAUAUCCAAAUGGCUACAUAGUGAUAUCACUGUAGGCAUAAUCAUCUUAGGCGUGGGACAGACCGCCAAGAAACGGCGGUCUACCGGCACCCGUUUUUGCUCCUCAGGGACAGCACAGCUCCCAGAUGGUGAAUCCAGUAAGCCUUAUCCCUCAGACCUGUCCCGUAGUCCCCAAAGCUUGAGUGACACUGGCUACUCAUCUGAUGGGAUCUCUAGCUCCCAGAGUGAAAUCACAGGCUUAGUGCAGCAAGAAGUGGAACAGCUAAAUGAAACAGGAAUUGCAGAGCCCAGCCCCCCAAGUCCUUCUGAACUCACUAAACUGGAAAGUAGUAUGCGUCCUCUACUGGAAUCAAAGGGCUUGAGCCAAGAGCCAGCUGACAGGGGGAAAUCAUACCAUGAGUUAAGGGAGGAACAAAGACAGAGGCAGAGGCCCCGAUCUCUUUCUAUCACUCCAGAAGCCUUUGAUUCUGAUGAAGAGCUAGAAGACAUCAUGGAAGAAGAUGAAGACUCUAUAGAAUGGGAAAACCAGAGAGACCAGAGGGAGAGCAUGGAGUCUUCAGAUGAAUUUGGCAGCAAGUUACGCCAUGACUAUGUAGAAGACAGCAGUGAAGGAGGGUUCUCCCCCUUGCCAACCAGGCAAAAGGUCAAGGAACCUGAGAUGACUGAUGAAGAGUUCAUGAGAAGGCAGCUCCUGGAGAUGAGUGCAGAAGAAGAUAACCUGGAGGAGGAGGAGGAGGAGGAGGAGGAAGAAUAUGACCGUAAAAAAUACAGUGUUGCAAAAAAUGGACACAAACCUGACUCUGAAAAAAGCAGAGAAGCUACUUCAUCCAAGAGGCGCCUACCUCACAGCUCUGGCAGUAUAUAUGAAGAGGAAAGAAAAGAGCUUGAAAGCACCGAGGGUGAUGACAUUACUGCCUCUCAGGGAGGGUUGCGGCGUUUCAAGACCAUUGAGUUAAACAGCACCAACAACUAUAGCAGAGACAUGGAGAUCAGCCAGGAGACAGACAUCAGCCUGGACAGAGAACCUGAACUGGAGAUGGAGAGUCUGACAGGAUCCCCAGAAGACAGAUCAAGAGGGGAAUACUCCUCCACCUUGCCAGCAACAACACCCAGCUACACAUCAGGCACCUCUCCCACCUCCAUCUCUUCCCUGGAGGAGGACAGUGACAGCAGCCCCAGCCGCAGGCAGAGGCUGGAAGAAGUUAAGCAGCAGAGGAAAGCCCGGCAUCGCUCCCAUGGGCCUUUGCUACCCACCAUAGAAGAUUCUUCUGAAGAAGAGGAGCUGCGAGAGGAGGAGGAGCUCUUACGAGAGCAGGAGAAAAUGCGAGAAGUGGAGCAGCAGCGCAUCCGAAGCACCGCACGCAAAACAAAACGAGACAAAGAAGAACUGAGGGCUCAGAGGAGGAGAGAGAGGUCCAAAACACCACCCAGCAAUCUGUCUCCUAUUGAAGAUGCUUCACCCACUGAGGAGCUUAGGCAGGCUGCAGAGAUGGAGGAGCUGCACAGGUCUUCCUGUUCAGAAUACUCGCCCUCCAUUGACUCAGAAGCAGAGGGGUUUGAUGUCAUUGCCUCCAAGCUAUACAAAUCUGGCAGUGAGUACAAUCUUCCAACAUUUAUGUCCCUCUAUUCUCCAACAGAAAAAAAUGCUAGCUCUGCUUAUCCCUCCAGCAAACCUCUGAAGAGUGCAGAAGAAGCUUAUGAAGAGAUGAUGCGGAAGGCAGAAAUGUUCCAAAAGCAGCAACCUAUCCAACAAAGUGUCUCCUAUAGCAGCACCUUCCAGCAAGUAGGCUAUCGUAGUUCAGAAGGCCAAAAUAAUUUUGAAUACCAGUAUAUAGAUGAUUAUGGCUAUGAUAAUAGGAAUUUGGAUUCUUCUCAAGCUGAUUACCAAAAUGAGCUUUCUAAAUCUGGGGCAGUUUAUGAAGAAAUCCUUCAGACGUCACAGAAUAUCUCCAGGAUGCAUCAGUCCUCUUCUCUGGAUCUGACUCUUGAGCAGGAAGUAAAGAAGAAAGGGAGGGAAGACCCAUAUCAAGAGAAGCAGUUUCUGAAUGCAGAGAGUGCUUAUGAAAGUGGCCCGCUCACUCCUGGGACAAGUCCUACACAGCUGUCUGCUCCUGUCUCCUUUUCCUCCACUGAAAGCACCACAAGCAGAAUAAUCCCUGAUGUAAGAGUCACUCAACAUUUUGCAAAAGAGAACCAGGACCACUCAAAACUUCAUGGCUCAGCCGCUGUACCUAGCUCAGUUUCAAAGAGUGUAGCAACACCUUAUUCAUACACAAAGGGCUCUAGCACAGUUACCACUGUUGUUUCUAGUCCAGCAAGUGCACCACGGAUCUUCAGUACUCCAACUGCUCUUAGUGGUUCAGACGCACCAUCUGUGUCCUCCACCAGCCGAAGUUAUAGUCAAACAAAAGUGACAGCAAAUUAUGGCUCUCAAACAGAAAAUAUUUCCAGGAUCAAGAGCAUGGCAGAGAUCAGUGGGGCUUCAGCAAGAGAGAAACUCCAGAGCAUGGCUGAGAGCAAGACAAAUGUAUCCAUGUCAACACCUAAAAUGUAUUCUUUCUUUAAAAGCUCCAGCCCACCACUUUCCCCUUCUUCUCCUACUCAAAGUCCCACCCAUUCUCCAAGGGCUGGGAUGCCACCCAGUUCAGGUAUGGGAGCUAAGUCAACAGCAGAGUUUUCCACUCAAACACAUAGCACAAUUAUCUCCUAUGAUGUCCCAACUACUAUUGCAGUAUCAACAUCUUCUCCAAUGGUAGCUCAAGGAACACAAACCCCUCACCGAUCAAGUUCCCCUCGCCUUGCCAGACAACAGUCUUCACAAGAAGCCCCCUUUAUGGUCAUCACUUUAGCAUCUGAUGCAGCUAUUCAAACCAAGCCAAUUGGUUCAGGUUCCUCCAUUUCACCAGCCUCAUCGCCAACUCAGCCAGGCCGCCAGCAAACAGUGCAUAGUUACAGUCAGACAGUAAUCAAUGCAGCACAACUCCAGCAAGAACAGCUGCAGUCCACUUACACAAAGGCACAAUCAGUGCUAGAAAGAGCCUCUGCUUAUACUGCUGCAAUGCAGAAAGCUCAAAGCCCUGCUGCUGCUGACAGCUUUCCUGGUGCAUACAGCUGGGGAACCCUGCCUGCAGAGAACAUUUCUUUGUGUAGAAUAUCAUCAGUACCCGGGACAUCCAGAGUAGAACCUGGACCCAGGCCACCUGGGAGUAAUAUUGUAGACUUGAGAACUGUAAUAAAGUCAGCCCCAAUCAUCAUAACAGACCAGGGCAUGGAUCUCACAUCUCUAGCUACUGAGAGCAGAAAAUACUGUCUCACUAUGGACCAGUCAUCAGGACGGCAGUCCACAGCCAUCCAACCCUUAAUUAUCAAUCUUAAUGCCCAGGAACAGCCCCAUGCGAUCAUAAGCACAGCCACCACAGUCAGCAUAACAGUUGCAUCUUCCAUGCUUGUCUCUCAACCCAAGCAGCCUGCAGUCUAUGGAGACCCUUUUCAGAACAGGAUGGACUUUGGUCAAGGGACAGGAAGCCCAGUCUGUCUAACACAAAUUAAACAGGUAGAACAAGCAAUCCAAACCGGCACCUUCAGAGGAGGUACGAGUGGUGCUGGCAUGGCUGCAUCUGUGGGCCGGCCAGAAGUUGCAGGUCCACAGCCAGCAAAGUUUGCCCGGUAUAAUUUACCCAACCAGAUGACAUCCUUAAUGAAAAAAGAUACUCUGAUCACUCAGACCACUAAUGCACAAAGUAUUAUCAGUGCCAUUCCCAGACAGUUUCCUCAGGAUCAAAAUGCAGAGGUUUACAGAGGGAUCCCAGUGGAAAUGAAAACUCCAGCACCUCCAGUCACCCUCGCAAGUAAGAAAUCCCAGGUGAUGAUGGUGCAAAUGGAGGAUAUAGCUGCAGGCCCUGUCACAAAAGUGAUAAAAGAGGAGCCUCCUUCCAAUGCUCUGGAUCUCACAGGGAUGAAGCCUGAAAGCCAAGUGGCAUGCUGUGAUGUAGUGUACAAAUUUCCAUUUGCAGGAAGCUGCACUGGGGCUUUUAACCCUUCUUCCAAGGUCCCAGAGAAAAAUGUUGGGGAUCCAACUCACUCAGGCAAACCCAGUGGCCCAUACUAUGGAAGGAGAGAACAGGAGGCCUCAGAUGCAUAUCCUUACAGAGAACAAUCAGCAGCAGGCCCUAAUCCUUAUGAAGAGCACAGGUUCUAUCCCCAUGGCCUGUUUGGGAGACUGUAUUCAUCCAUGUCAGAUACAAACCUUUCUGAAAUGGGUCUGAACUAUUACUCUGUUAAAGGGGAACAGCCCUUCCAUUCACUUGCUGGGGAUUCUGCUGUGGAUUUGACAACCAUGAAACCUUCUUACAGCCACAGCUUUACUGAGGGAGGUUACAUGGGACAUGGAUUGCAGUAUGGCUCUUUCUCUGACCUCCGACAGCCCAGUGAUUUGCUAAGUCAUUCAUUUCCAAUGCGAAGGUACAGCUCAGCCUCAAAUAUCUACUCUGAUUACAGAUAUUCACCAAGAGGGGACAUGGCAAAUUUCCAGGAAGCCAGCCUGGCUCAUUAUAGUGCUACUACAGCACGAGAGAUCAGCCGGAUGUGUGCAGCACUCAACUCCAUGGACCAGUAUGGGGGUAGACAUACAAACAGCCCAGAUCUUCUCCAGUAUGGACAUGGGGCACUUGGUGCUGGGCCAGGUGGGACUAGUAGCAUCUCAGCUCAACAAGGUGCCAUGAAAGCAAACAUGAUGUACAACCCCAAUUUUCCAGAAACUCGACCAGGCUUUGGAAACCUAGCCCAGUACAAUUUCACCAGACUUGGAGCUGUGAGGCAAGCACUCCCUUCCACAGCCACUGUGCGAGCUGCUGAUGGCAUGAUUUAUUCCACCAUCAACACACCAAUAGCAUCAACUCUACCCAUCACCACCCAGCCAGCCUCUGUACUGCGACCCAUGCUCCGAGGCCUAUAUAGACCCUACGGUCCAGGUGGUAUCACAGCUGUCCCUCUGGCCAGCCUGACAAGAGUGCCUCUAGUUACGCCAAGGAUGCCCCUUCCAGCCCAGAGCCUGUACAGGUACCCAGUGCCCAGCAGGCUUCCAGCAGUUCCCACAUCAUCUAUGAUGGAGACACCAAUGUAUUUGGGAAAGCCUGUUAGCACUACUGCUGCCAGCACUGCUGCCAGUAGUGUAAGCACAGUGGCAGCUUCCAAGCCCUCAGCUUCCACUGCUGUUGGCUAUCAUAGGCCAGAGCAGAUGGGGACUGGCACACGAGAGGAGGUACCUGCAGCAACUUCUGUGGCACAGAGUACCAUCAGCCAGCAGCAGCAGCAACCCCCACCACCCCCACCACAAAUUCCAACCCAGAAGCAGCAAGCAGAAGCCCCACAGGUCAGUGUUGUGAGCAAAGGAGCCACAGAAAAGGAAGAAAAAGAGAAGGAAGAAGAGAGGCUGAGAAAGCAGCAAGAGCAUAUCCUCCAGAUGGAGAGGGAAAGAGUAGAGCUGGAAAAAUUGAGACAGAUGAGGCUGCACGAAGAGCUGGAGAGAGAACGUGUGGAGCUGCAGAGACACAGAGAGAAGGAGCAACUUCUGAUGCAUAGGGAAAUCCAGGAGUUGCAGUCCAUAAAACAUCAGGUCCUGCAACAGCAGCAGGAAGAACGCCAGGCCCAGUUUGCCUUGCAGCGGGAGCAACUGGCCCAGCAGCGCUUGCAGUUGGAGCAGAUCCAGCAACUGCAGCAACAGCUGCAGCAGCAGUUGGAAGAGCAGAAGAGGCAAAAGAGCGCUUUCCCUCCUCCGGUAUGUGAUCCCACAGGAAGGAUGACUUCCCAGCCCUCCUCUGAGAUACCAAUAGAAAUGCAAAGGACCCUAGCUCAGAAUGGACAGUACUGGCCACCUUUAAACCAAGCCUUCAUAGCGACUGCAGCCCCAGCCCAAGAUGGACAGGCACAGCCCCGCUAUCCAGGACUCCAGAGGCCUCUCACCAACUCAGCCUCCGAAAUGUCCCUGCAGACGGAAGAACAAUGGGAAACCAGUCGAGGGAUAAAGAAGAGGAACUCCAUGCCACGCCUCCGGGAUGCCUAUGAUAAGGAGUCUGGCCAUGAGCCAUACGUUGUGAAGAAGAUCACAGACAGCAGCGUCCAGACUGAUGAGGAGGAUGGCGAGGAGCGUCUUUAUGCAACCCGACGCCGCCGUACACGACGCAGCACAGACUGCAGCGUUCAGACGGAUGAGGAAGACAAUGGUGAGUGGGAACAACCUGUACGACGUCGACGCUCCCGCUUCUCCCGGCACUCUGACUCGAGUGCAGAAAACAAGCAAGACUUGUCCACCAAAGGUAUGGCCAGCAUAGCAAUCCAAACCAUCAGUGACUGCUCGGUCCAGACGGAGCCCGACCAGCUACACAGGGUGUCCCCUUCCAUCCACAUUACCACCCCUGACCCCAAGGUGGAGAUUGUGAAAUACAUUUCUGCCCCUGAGAAGACUUACCGAGGAGAAAGCCUGGCCUGCCAGACAGAGCCGGAGGUACAGCCUCAGCCAGGCAUUGUAGUUCCUCAACUCACUGUGCCUACAACAAUUACGCCUUACUCCUCCAACCUCCAGAUUGUAAGCACUGGACCCCUGGAUCCCCAUUCAGUCCGUCAGCAAGCACUGGUGAAGAAAAAGCCUGACCCCCUUGAAAUUGGCUACCAGUCCCAUCUGCCUACAGAUUCCUUGUCUCAACUGGUGUCGCGUCAGCCUCCCAAGUCACCCCAAGUGCUCUACUCCCCAGUCUCUCCCCUCUCCCCACAUCGGCUGCUGGAGUCAUCCUUCACAACCAGUGAAAGGCUCAACAAGGCCCAUGUGACCCCACAGAAGCACUUCAUGGCCGACUCCACUCAGCGCCAGCAGACCCUCCCUCGCCCCAUCAAAACCAUACAGAGAUCCUUAUCCGAUCCCAAGCCCAUUAGCCCAACAUCAGAGGAAGCUGCAAAAGACAGGUUCUCUUUGUAUCAGCACACAUUGCUUCCUGGCAGCCAGAUUUCAACCCUGCAGUCUAACACCCUCAUUCGGAAAGUGAAGAGGACACUGCCUAGUCCCCCACCAGAAGAAGCUCAUCUCCCUCUGGCUAGCCAAGCUCACUCACAGAUGUAUAUGCCUGGCCUUCUGCAGAAGGGAGUGGGAGGACCGCCUGUUCAAGUGACCAAAGCCAGCCUCCUCAAGGAACUUGACCGUGACUUGAAGCUGGUUGAGCAUGAGUCCACUAAACUGCGGAAAAAACAAGCUGAGCUGGAUGAGGAAGAGAAGGAGAUUGAUGCCAAGCUCAAGUACCUGGAACUAGGGAUCCAUCAGAGAAAGGAGUCUUUGCUGAAGGAUCGGAAUGUCCGUGAUUAUCCCUACCUGAGAUGCCUCGGAGAGAACAGGGACUACAUGUCUGAUAGUGAACUAAACAACCUUCGCCUCUCUGGCUAUGAGAGCAGCAGUCUCCUGACGAGGCCCAGCACUGCCCCUUCUAACCAAUAUGCAGACUUCUCCAGUGCACAGUAUACAUCAGCUUCCUCCUACACCCCAUAUCAAUACUCCUCAGGACAGGCUGCUCCACCAGGUCCAGCCACAUUCCAGCAAACAAGAUUUCAGCCCCCACACUACCCCCCAGGAAGCAAUGUUCCUGCACAAAAUGGCUUCCAAACUAGCCAGAUGCCUGCCUACCCCUCCCAAACUACAUACCAGACACAUAGCUUCACUCCAAGCACAGGGUAUCAGUCCGAACUGGGUCUACAGAGCCACCAAGGUUUCCGGCCACCUUACCAACCUCCAACCACAUAUCCCAGUCAAACAUCUCUGCAGCCUGCACAGAGCGGUCUUUUCCAGAGUCACACAGAAUCUCACACAACUUCUCAGAAACCACGGCAGACAUCAUUAGCUGACCUAGAGCAAAAGAUCCCCACGAAUUAUGAAGUCAUUAGCAAUCCCACUGUGGUCAUAUCUGCUGCAACUCCAGAAGUGACAUACAGUACCACAACAGUGACCAGCAGCUAUGACCAAUACAAGGCCCCUGAAGCAAGGCCAGCAGAUAGGAGUGGUGCAGUCCAAAGUCCCUCCACCAGUUAUUCCUCUGAUUCUCUCUACACCAACCUAGAGCAGAACAUUCCUCGGAACUAUGUAAUGAUUGAUGAUAUCAGUGAACUGACGAAGGAAAGCACUGCAGGGGAGAGCCAGAAAGGGGAUUUGCAGUCGCAAAGCAGCAAUGGACGACACAUCAAAGAAAAGAGUGACAUGGGAGAUGCAGAUGUCUCCAGCAGGCCAUGCUGCUACUUAAAAGGAGAGGAGGAGUCUGAGGAGGAUAUGUAUGAUCAUCUAAGCUCUGAUCAUCGAGGAAAAAGCUUCCACAGGGGCACAGAAAACAAUGGGAGGAUGUCAGGUAGUUCAGGCUCAUAUUACUAUGGUGACGGUGAUUACAGGCAUUCCUCUCGCCCAGAUAAACAUGGAUCCACUAUGGGAAUACAGAAGCACUCUUCAAAAAAUCUAGCUCCAGCAGUCAUCUCUUCGAAACGCAGCAAGCAUCGGAAGCAAGGUAUGGAGCAAAAGAUCUCCAAGUUUUCGCCAAUAGAAGAAGCCAAAGAUGUAGAAUCGGACUUGGCCUCCUAUGCAGUGACCACAUCUGUCACUAGUAGCAGUGUGGCAUCCAGAGCAAAGAAGCUGCAAGAUGACAUCACUUAUGGACUCAAGAAGAAUGUUUAUGAACAGCAGAAGUAUUAUGGAGUGUCCAGCCGGGAUAUGAUGGAAGAAGAUGACAGAGCGUACAGUGGUGGGCGAUCCAGAUCUUCUGGUUAUGUGUCAGACAAAAUGUCAAGCCGUGAGAUCAGGAGCAGGUCAUAUGAGAGAGAGAGCAUGGAGAGGCCUCAGAAAGGGAGCUCCAAGCCCUCAUCCCUUAGUAUGACUCAGAGUCGCGGGCGACCUCCAAUUCGCACACAAACAUCCGAAGAAGAGAGCCCUAUCAGUCCUUUGGGAAAAUCCAUGGGUGUAUCGCGGUCUUCAGGUGGACCUCUCCCUCAGUCUGCUGGAGACAGCUGCUCACAGUUCUGCUCUAGUCACUCAUUGCCUGAUGUACAAGAACAUAUCAAAGAUGUGCCAAGAACCCACUCUUACAAGCAUGAAGAAGGUUACAUCAUGGAUGAUUCACAUUGUGUUGUUUCAGACAGUGAAGCCUAUCACUUGGGUCAGGAGGAGACAGACUGGUUUGAUAAGCCAAGGGAACCUCGUUCGGAGAGGAUCAGGCAUUAUGGUGGCCACUCCUCAUCCUCCCAGAAGAGAGGCCCAGUUAAGCACACCUAUCAUGACUAUGAUGAGCCUCCAGAUGAAGACUUGUGGCAUCAUGAUGACUACUCUCAUCCACGUCACUCCUCUUCCAAAGAUCACAGGCACCAUGGAGACUAUGGAAGGCAUUCAUCUUCCCGCCACUCCAGUGACGAUCUGCCCAGGAGAUCAUCUAGGCAACAUCCAAGAGAUCAAGGCCGCCACGAGUCACGUGGCCAUGGGCAGCCCUCCUCCCAGAAGAAAACUCAGCAGGCAGACAUGAGAGCACAGCCAGGUUAUCCUUCCAGCUCAUCAGAGUACUCCCAGCAAUCCCGGCAACCAUCUGGCUAUCAUCAUACCCCAGAGUCCCAAAAAUCACAGAGGCAACAUGGGCCACCACCAUCUCAACAGCCAAAAUCUGAGCCUCUUCCCCACCAACAGCAGCAGUCAAGGCAGCAACAAGCAGGGCAGCAGCAGUCAGCCAGGCAGCAGCAGCAGCAACAAACAAGCAGACAGCCUCAGCAGCAGCAUCAGACAGGCCCUUCACAGCCAUCUUCUCAACAGCAGCCCCAGCAAGCUAGGCUUCAGCAGCAGCAACAACAACAACAACAACAGCCUCAGCAACAGCAACAACAACCAGGAAUUCAAGCCCAACCUUCCUCGCGGCCAACCCAACAACAGCCUGGCCAGCCCCAGGCAGUAGGCAAAUCACAGUCAACCCUCCAAGCACAACCUGCUACUCACCAAGCAGGACCACCUAAAGCAGAGCAGACGGAUGCAUCCAAGCCUACCACAAAAGUGCCACAGGUGGGGAAAGCACCCCAAACACAGCCACAAGGAAUAGCAUCAGGAGGCAUAAGAUUGGGUCCUAAGCCACCAGGAGCGCCCACUUCUGCAAAUGCAGCAGCUGGACAACCAGGAGCAGAAGGAGAAAGUGUCUUCUCCAAAAUCUUGCCAGGGGGGGCAGCAGAACAAGCAGGCAAAUUAACUGAAGCUGUGUCAGCUUUUGGCAAGAAAUUCACAUCAUUUUGGUGAGAGAACACCACUGGACGUUUGAGAGAAUAAUAAGUGGAAAUCUCAUCAUUGCACUGGAAAAACCUAUGAAGAUUCCAUUGGAAUUCAGUCUGCUGCUCCAGACUCUGGGUAUAACACUUUUGAAACCAUGGAAAACAGUAGGCUGCGAGACUGGAAGAGGAAGAGAUGUUUAUACAGAUGUCUGCCUGUGGAUCAAUCAUAAGCUCCUAAGGGCAUCUGAGCCAACUAUCAGAAGAAGCUUUCAGAAGCCACUUGAUGUCAACUCUGUGGUUCAUAUUGUGUGAGCCCCAAAAGGUGGAGACAGAUUCUUAGCCGGAGAAGAUGUACAUAAGAGAUGUGUUUACAGAACAUGGAUGGGCCUCUUGCAACUUGUCACACAGACUGGCCACUACCCUGAUGCUGGAAGAGAUGUCUGGCACUCCAGAGACUAUUCAUGGCUGUGGCUCCAUUUGUGCCUAGGGUCUGACAUGGGGAGCCAUGGCCCUUUCUUGAGAUUAUACACAGAGUUUCUCUCUUACUGAAUUUUAACUCUAGAAUCUUCAUAGGUUUUUCUCACUUUCCAAGAUAUGCUUGAGUUGAGGGCUGGGAGCUAAAUGCUCCAUUCUCCUUCACAUUCCAGUUUGCCCCAUCAAUCCCUCCACUUGCACAGUGUUUGUUCCCUCUCAUCAUCCCUGCAGUGGAAAGCAUGGGACGAAGAGAACUCGGACUAGGACCUAACACUGUUUCACUAUUGAGAUAAGAGGCCAUAGGACUCUGAAAGGCAGUGCGAACUGGCUGACUAUUGACUGAAGCAAAUGCUGGCCAGGCAUGUCUGUCAGCCACCCAAAGCCAUCCUGAAGCCAUUCUAAAGCAUUCAAAUGGCAGUGCUUUCCAUUGUUAGUGUUAUGCAUUGUUUUAUGUAUGCCUGGGGAAUCAUUUUUAUUUUUAAAACAGCCUUAAUCAUUCCAUUUUUAUUUACGUGUAUACCUCAUUGACACCCAAGAUUUUGGGGUUUGGAUUUUUGUGUGUGUGGGGUUCCUUUUUUUCUUUUGGUUUUGGUUUUGUUUGUUUUUUUAACUUUGUAUCAAACAUAUUGUUUUCCUCUUUACUUUGUACUGAGUUAGCACAUGGGCUGUUGUCGGUAGAAGCAAUAGAGUGCAGAAGGCUAUCAAGAGCACAAUCCAGUGUUGAUGAGAUCAGGAGAGCUUGCCUCUGCCAUUCCUCCUUCCUACUACUGUGCAAUUCAAGUCCUUCUUAAGCCAUUACUGGUAGGCAUGCUCAGAACGAUGGAGGAGCUACAUGGAGCAGAUUAUUGCCGAACCUGCUAGAACAGAGAGCUCUUAGCACUGUAACCUGUGUGAGAGCUAAAAGAAAAACCUGUGAAACAGCUCCUUUCUUUUGCUGUAAAGAAUUCAGCACGUGUACAGAUGCUCUGAUUUCCAUUUGUUUGUGCUGUCUGUUUCCUGCCCGUCUCUUGUCCACGCUGAGCAUGCUCAAGAACAACAAUUCAUUGGUGUGACCCAUAGGAGCUUCCAUUCACCAUGGGUAACAGCAAAAUGAUUCUCAUGUCUAAUGUUCUAUGCAAUGAAAUAACAAAAUUUUAAAGAACAACUGUUAAUAUUUAAUAAGUUCAAUGUUAUGUAUAAGGAUUUAAUUGCAAAUGUGCUAUCAAGAAACUGGAUAGAUAUCUUUAUAUCAAACACCUGUGUGUAUGAAGUUUUCAAUUAGUGGCAUGCUUGACCCGUUUGAGGGACACUUUUGCCAAAGGGUAGCCAUAGAGCCGGUGACUGUCUGUCUGUUGUAGAGCAUGGCUUGCUACUUCUCUGCACGGUUUCAUCUACUUAGAAUGCUUGCUGUUCUUUGCUUGAGGUUAAUUUUUUUUUCUCUCCAGUUGGUUCAUCUUCUCUAUUGAAUGCCAUUAGCAGACUUAUGCACUUGUUAUUGAAGGCCUGUCAGUGACACAAUGAUGUGUAAUUAGCCUGCUGAAUGUAACACCAGAUGUUCUCUGCUGAAUUACAUUAACUCUCCUACCUUUGCUGCUUCCUUCCCUGCAGUAGCCAGGGAAGAUCCUAGGCUUUGUCUAGACCUUAAGGCCAUUUAUCCUGUCCAAACAUUUGAUCAAAAUCAUCUCUAAAUAUGUGAGAGCACCAAGCUAGAGAAGGUGCUUUACGUAUGAGAUUUACUGACAAAUUAUACAAGAGCAACUGGAACAACUCUGGCAUAAAUUAGUGCAGAUAUACAACUAAAUUCCCUUUCCUAGGUUCAGAACCUGAGGAUGCACAAUGGUGAUUGGUGGUGGUGGUGGUGGUGGUGGUGUUUUUAAUGAAUAAAAGAAACCCCGAACCCUGGCUCCUGAAGCCUGGAGACUGAGAGCCAGUGAGAGGUGUAAUUUAAGAUGUGGCAGAUUUCAGAAUAUAUAGAGCAAUCAUUUUGACUAUGCCCAUACUAUUGGGGCAAUAAUGGCAUAGGAACUUUUCCCUCACAACUAGAUUGAAAGGGAGACUUCUCCAAAAUUGGAACAAAUCAGUGAGAAAGCAAGCUUCAGAUCCUAACAUCGCCUGAAAGUAUAAGACUUUUCCUAUGGAAUUUAUAGAAUGAAAUAAACAUUUCCCCCUUUUGAUUGAUGCACUUGACAAGAACAUUCCAUGUCCUGAAUGCCACUGUCUACUUCAUAAUGGCAUGGGCUCAUCAAGAGAAGCUGCAGUGUACAAGGGAGCAUACUUUUCAUAGAGCAUCCUUGCAUAUAUUAUAGAUUCUAGAGGUACUUCUGCAGAGAGUAAAAUAAAAUUCAACAUGUCACCUAACAGGUCAGUGAGUAUAAGGGCCAUUUCACACAUCAUCACAUAUAGGUAAACCAGUGUGCUGAGCAGUAGUUAAUCACAGCCUUCCAACUAGUGUUCCUGUAUGAUACUGAUGCAAGCUUUCACUUGAGCUGCACAUGCUCAGAUUUUACAUUUUAUACGUGUACUUAAAAUGUCUUAGAUAUACACUUAAAGCCUGAUGUGGCUCUUUGGCAGCUGGUAGAAUAACAUUGACUUUCUACAGUUAUUAGUCUGAAUCUGCAUUAUUUUAAUAAGCCUUAGUGUCACACAAGAAUUAGCACAUGGAAUAAUGUAUCUCAUCAGCCAAAAGCACUACCUUGAAACUCUAAAAGGAAACAGCCUUCCAUAGUCACCAAAGGCUCAGGGCACAAUCAUACAGUACUUUGCAAUGUGUUUGGCAGCAAUGAUUGACAUAGCAAUCACCUAUACUCCUGAUUUGUCACUUUUGUGCCCAACUGGAAGGUAUAAGCAGAAGCCUUAGAAAAAGCAGGUACCUUUUCAUCUCAGACACAUAUACAAUGAAAGCAGGUGUCUGCCUGAGGAAGAGGCACAGUCAUCCCCACCUGUUGUGUGGACUGGACAAGGGCAGGUUGACUCUCAUAAGAUGAGUAGACUGCAGAGCCAGUGCACCCAGUCUCUGAAUCAGUCUGGUGUAGGCAUGGCCUGCUCAGUGGCUCAUGAAAACUGAAUUCUGUUCCUCAGUCAAGAUGCAGACAUAACCUUUAGCACUAUCUGCCCCUCCUGCUCUAGUAGUCUAAAUGACCAUAAAGUCAGAACACCUCUAAGCCUUAAGCUAAUCAUUUCUUCAAGAGGUUGGAUUAUUCAGUGGGGAGUUCAUACUUUUGUUGGUAUGCAGAAUAGAAGCUGUUUUCUUGUGUAGCCAAACCAUUGUUUUUUGCCAGCGCUUAGAGGAACUAAAGUGUCAUGUCAUACAGUGGUUGGUUAUGACCUUGAAAGUUCAUGUAUGAAAUAAAGGCAGAGGUUGCAUGAGUUGUCUCUCAUAAUUGACAACUGUCUAGAAAGCAUAAUCAAGCACUUGGAAUAGAAAGGCUGAGAGCAACAGGAGAGGCCAGAAGAUAUUGUCUUAAAAAUGCUAAUUGCAUUCUCUGUGUAUAAAGGAACUGCACACUAAUACUGGUUGCAGUUACCCAUCAUCAGGCUCUCUAUUUUACCACCAAUGCUUACAUUGCACAGUCUUGGAUCACACUAGACUUGUGGCCUCCAGGGCAGCAGCUGAGUGCAUUAAUCCUUCAGAAAACCAUAGUGGAAAUAAUUCCCAGAAGGAAGGAAGGAAGGAAGGAAGGAAGGAAGAAAGGAAGAAAGGAAAGAGACAAUAACUCCUAAUGGAACUGCAUCCAGCAUGGAAGACGGGCAUUGGUUCUUAGCAGCUGCUUCAGCUAGGAUGGCAAGUUGGGUUAGAGAGACUCCUCUCUCCCUCCCUCUGUAUCCUGGAAUGGAGCUUUGCUUCCAUCUUGAGCUGAACAAGGCAUUUGACAGUGGGAACUUCAGCUCUCUCCACGCAGCUCCUUCUCAACCACAGCAGGACUCUCCCACAAUGACAAGUGCAUAAUCUGAGGGUGCUUCUUCAGGGCUCUAGGUUGAAUUUGUGUCCCCUACAGGUUUUCUCAACAGUGGCUGCUACAAUCUCCCUCCAUCUCCAUCCCACCCACCCACCCACCCCAUUGUAAAUAUAUGUACAGUGUGUAAAAAAAAUGAAAUAAAAAAAUCUCAUGUGAAGAACAAAAGAAAAAAGAAAACAACUCACAGCUCCCUUUUGUGGGGCUCCAUCUUAAUGACCAGCACAUCUGCCAACUCUUGCUUUUGUGUACAAAGAAAAAGAUCAACAAACAAAGCCUGGUGUUUGUGUCUGGCUCCUUUGGACUGUUCCUCUUCUUGCGAAGCAUAGCAGAGUCUUGUAAAGUUGUUGUGGCUGUCACAUGACCCAUACCUUCCAUGCCCUCCUCCUGCCUUCCCAGUAUCCUCAGUUCCCUACUCUAUUUUUUAAAAUUAUUUUUUAAUUAUUAUUAUUAUUAUUAUUUUGGAGGUGGGAGAGGUUCUGCAUAACAAUCAAGCAAACAACCCAUCAAACAAAAGAAGUUUACAGUUGUAAGUGCAAUGACCUAAAUCCUUUAUCUGAACAUUGUAAAUGAUGUGUGUGUGUCCUGCUGUGCUCUGUGAGAACUUGUAGUAAUUUCAGUGUACCACCUCAUGUAUUGUGAUUCCGUAUGGCAAGUUGCCCUACAACGUAUUUCUGUGGAAAACAGAAUAAAAGGACUUGAUAUGA